CUUUGCCAUGGUUGUGAUUCAAAUAGAGAGUGGCAAAAUAAGGGGUAAAAUUGGUGUAGACGCUCGGGGGGAAAAGUUUUACAGUUUUCAAAAUAUACCAUACGCUGCACCACCUAUAGGCGAACUACGCUUCAAAGCACCUCAACCCGUCCAGCCAUGGCAAGACAUAAAAAAUUGCACCGAAGAAGGGAACGAAAGUAUUUCACGACACUUUAUGACAAGAAAAUUCAUAGGUUGUGAGGAUUGUUUAAAUUUGAAUGUUUACACUCCUCAGUUGCAAAAAAAUGGAAAAAAUCUACCAGUAAUGUUUUAUAUUCACGGUGGUCUUUUUAUGACCGGAUCUAACAAAAGCGAACUUCAUGGACCCGAAUUUUUAAUGACCGAAGACGUAAUUUUGGUCACAAUCAACUACAGAUUAGGUAUUUUGGGUUUUUUGAGUCUGGACGACUCCUCUCUUGGUAUUCCCGGGAAUGCGGGUUUUAAAGACAUGGUGAUGGCCUUGAAAUGGGUGCAAAAAAACAUACACCAUUUUUCGGGUGAUCCUAACAAUGUUACAGUUUUUGGCGAAAGCGCCGGUGCUGUUGCUGCACACCUCCUAAUGUUGUCUCCAAUGACUAAAGGGUUGUUGCAUAAAGUUAUAGCACAAAGCUCGAGUGCUUUAAAUACCUGGGUUUUCGGCAAACGUUCGGCUAAAUUAAUUGCAAAAACUCUCGGAUUUUCCAAUUCAGGUGAUCGAAAAUUAGUCAAGUUUUUGCAAAAUAUGCCAGCUAAAGAAUUGUUAAAAGCCCAAAUAAAAAUUGACAAUAAAGAUUUUCUGGAAAAUGAUUACCAUUUUUUCGGAGCUGUUGUUGAAAGACCAUCAAAGGAAGAGCCUUUUUUGACCGAGAGACCACUUGAUAUUAUUUUGAAAGGGAAUUAUAACCACGUCCCGUUUAUGAUAGGAUACAAUGCCAGAGAAGGCAUGGCUUUUGAUAAUAUAAUACCAAACAGAGCUCGAGAACCUUAUUUGAAGAAUAUGGAACUGUCAGUACCAUUUUCGCUCAAUCUUCAAAGAGGAAGCAAAAUAUCUAAAGACGUUGCUGACAAAAUUAAACGUUUUUAUUUUGGUAAUGUUGAACAAAAUAGAGAAGAAAAUGCAAUACAGUACUAUGACCUAUGUACAGACACAUGUUUUUUGAGAGACAUUUAUUUUUCUGUAAAAUACCAAUCAAGAACUUCAAAGAAACCGAUAUAUUUUUACAAAAUGACUCUUGAAACGGAUCUAAAUAUUUUCAAAAAGUUGGCAGGAGUUACAGCACCUGGUGUCUAUCAUGGUGACGAAUUAGGUUACCUGUUUAAGACAAUUUUUACACCUGAAAUAGUGCCAGGUAGUGUAGAAGACAUUUCCCAAAAGAAAAUUACAAAAUUGUGGACCAAUUUUGCCCGUUUUGGCAAUCCCACUCCUGAAUGGAAACCUGUACAAGUUGACAAAAUAAAUUAUCUAGAAAUUGGGACAGAAAUGAAGAUGAAAGUCAAUCCUGAACCCGAAAGAAUGGCAUUUUGGGAUGAAAUAUUCAAAAUUAAUCCCAUGCUUUCUAAACUUUAAUUAAAAUAAUAAAAAAUUUCUACAA